AUGUUCAUAAUUUGUUUCCUUAGGAAGCCUCUGUUGCUCCUAUAAACUGUUUCAUUUAUCCGUGCUUAAGGCAAGAAUCUAAGCCUUACCUUUGCUGAUUUAUUUUCUCAAGCUCUCAUUUGCCCACAAAUCCUGUAUCUUCCACCUCCAGAAUCAUUUCUAGCUCUCCAUUCAAGCCUACCAUCACAGCCUUUCGUCUGUGACCACAUUUUCAUAUGUGCUAACCAGUGCCAAGCCCCCCUCCCUGUGCCCCUACAGUGUUACUGCCUCGUAGAAACCAAGCUGUUUGCUGUCUCUCCCUUCCUUUUCAUUUGUCUGUAGUGAGUAACCGAAAUACCAAUUCCAAAUCCCUUAGAAUCUUACUUUUCUAAUCCCCUUUGACUUUCAGUCCCUCUAAAGUGGCCCAGCACUUCCCCUUAAUGUCAUCUUGCCUGCCUUUUCUUACUAACCUCAGCACUGUUUGUCAAUAGCUUAGAGGCUGUCCCCCCUAACUAGAGGAUUAGCUUAGGACCAAGGGGGAGGCUUGGCUUGAAGGAGGGGGUGGACAUUCAACACAUAUUUGUUAAAUCAUUGACUAGACAGAUACUUGAGUGAAUGGCUGAUGUCCAGUUCCUCUGAGGUUCCCUAACCUUUUCAUGUUCACUGGGGUGAUUCAUCUUCAGCCAUAGCUCCUUACGUUAUCCGUCUGUUUUCAUUAAUAAUGAUGAUGACAGAAUGCUUUGGGCGGCUAACAGGGAAAACAAAGCUGAUGAUGCUGGUCCAGUCAGAAUGUCUCCUGGCUGGUGUGGUCAAUUCCUAAACAAAUAAUAUCCGCUCAUCAAUCAUUGUCCUAUUUCUGCCAACUAGAUCUCCCCAGAGGAGUCAUCAAUCAGCUUGGUUCCGAAAAUUGACAGCCUCACCCCCUUAGUCUCCUCUUCCCUGUACAGACUCAUACUAAGAGUUUUUAAAAAGCCCCAGGUUGCAACAGGGUUAGCAGACUCGGAGGCAGAGGGACAGCGAUUGAGGAGCUCUGGAAAAGGCCAGAACAUGAAGGGCCCCAGCAGCCUGGUGAUGACAGCCUUGGCCCUUCUCCUGGUGCUGUCUGUCCUGGGAAACUGCAGCGGCGCUCCGCAGAGACUCUUUGAAAGGAGGAACUGGACCCCCCAAGCUAUGCUCUACCUGAAGGGCGCUCAGGGCCGUCGCUUCAUCUCAGACCAGGGCCGCAGGAAGGAGCUCGCUGACCGGCCGCCUCCAGAAAGACGAAACCCGGAUCUUCAACUGCUGACUCUCCCAGAGGCUGCAGCCCUGUUGCUGGCUUCCUUGCAGAAACCACAAGAAGAUGAAGGAGGAAAUUUUGAUCAAAGCAGAUUCCUGAAAGACAGACUGCUGAACUGGUGAAGAUGAACCACAGCACACUCAAGUGAAGUUCUAUUCAUGGUGAAAACCGUUGCCACAUGAUUAGGGCCCGUGCACCCUUCCUUCCACACCUGUAACCCUAGACACCAGUACCUCUAGGAUUAGUCCUUCAGAAGUAAGACGCAUGGGAUUCUGAACACUGUCAAGUUCUAUUGCCUUAGGUUGACAUCACCUGUCUUACGUAGGCUUGGGUUUUGUAUGGCCUUGAGAAUGCUGGGGUGGAGAAUGCAGACUUGUUCUUUCUUUCCCCUGUAGUCAGGCGCUGCUGGAUCUUAGCAGUUUGUUUCUCAUCCCAUCACCUUUUUGGGUGUCACUCAGCAACAGUUCUCCCAACCCCCUUUCCCCAUCCCCAGUAAGAGAGAAGGUAUGGUAGGAUUUGUGUGGCUUUUUAUAACUCAUUGAGGAGAGGUCAGGUAAGGAGGGAGGUGAAGAGAAGAUGCCUGGGAUAAUGCUCCCAUAAAAGCACAUAUUGUCUAUGACUGCUGAGACAGGGGACCCUCCAUGAUGCAGAAACCCUUGGAAAAUCUGUGAAGACCCAGGGCUGGGAGCCUCUUUGUGUUUCAAGGGGAUCCACUUAGAAACUUGGACCUUAAAGUCGCUGGAAGAUGGUGAUGGAGUUUGUGAGAGCAUAUGCUCCCCAAAGGUACAAAAUAGCUUGAGGUAUCUUGCUUUCUGUGACUGAAAGAGACGUCAUCAUGACUUUGCAUUAAGGUACUCCAAUGACACAAGUGUACUCCAUCUGCAUGAUUUAUCUGUUUCCAAAUCCAAACACACAUGCAGGUGCACGCACGCACACACACACACACACACACACACA